AUGCCAGUCGAAGCACCGACGGAGGCUGCGUCUGGCAUGACACUGACCGCCACCCUCUCUGAUGUUACGGGUCUCGCCAAUCUGCUCAAGUCGGUCGCCAUUCAAACCCAUGCCGUCGUAAUAGCAUCGAGCUCAGGCUUGGAGAUCGUCACUGAGCUCAACCGCACCCUCCAGGCACAUGCCUACCUCUACUCACACAUGUUUGACUCAUACCGGUUUCAAAAGUCUUUCACCAAUGCGUAUGCUUCUUCCAGUUGUCGGCGGUCUCAGAAGCGCUCAAAAUCCAGCGCCAAACAAGGCCGAAACAACAUUUCGCAAACUUCAGAGUCCUCUUCCGAUCAAGAGGAUGGCCGGAGCCACACCGGAUCCCAAUCAACAGCAGAACCGACUCGCAAGCGUGCGCGUCGUAACGAGGAUGAAGAUACAUUCGAUCAAGAUGCUGGCAGAGGGGGCGACGAGCCCGACAGCGUAUCGUUCGAGGUUAAUCUUCAAACCUGGAUCUCUUGUCUCAACAUCUUUGGCGGCGUCGGACCUUCCCGACCUCACAGUAACUCCAGCAGCCAUUCAGGAUCUCGGCCAGAUCACGGCGCUGCAUCCUCGAACGGGCGAGGUUAUCACCGAACGCGUGACGGAACGGCAGAUCCAUAUGGCGCUGACCGAGGCGCGUCCGUUGAACGCGGCUUGGAUCGAAAUGCCUUCUCGGCAGCUGCCAAGUCUACGCGAAUGAGGCUCAACUACCAAGGCCACGGUCAUCCACUCGUUCUCGAGCUCGAGCAAGAAGCAAACGUGCUCACUCGUGUGUCAAUAUCCACCUACGAGCCUAGCUUCCUCACAGAUAUGGUCUUCGAUCCGCGCAACAUGGUCGCCCAAGUCAUUGUGGGGUCCGAGCUCAUGCAGUCCGCAUUUGCAGAGAUCGAUGCUUCCUGCAAGAAGCUCUCCAUCCUCAUGACCUCGCCUCAUUCUGCAUCGGCGGAUGAAUAUAAUGAGCGUGCCGAAACCUCAAGGGCGGCACGAGGCAUCGACACGAGCACGUCCACGAGCAUGCUCCGAUUCAAAGCCAUCUCGGACACAGGAUCGUCCGAAAUGGAGUUUCCAGCCAGUCUGUCAUCCGCUGACCCUACCGGCGUGAUUGAAAAGUUUCUCGCCCUUCCUGGCAGUAGCGAACAGUGGUACGAUUUCACGCUGCUCUCACGCACCAUGACGGUGCUGCGAUCCUCGAUCAAGACCUCGCUCAGGAUGGACGAGGCCGGUCUCAUUAGCUUCCAGUUCAUGAUGCCAAAGUAUCGACGCACGCCAGUGCCAGGUGGAGCCGGAGGCGCUGGGGCAGCGCAAGCCGCACUCGAGGACGAGCAAGAUGCUUUCUGCGAAUUCUUGGUGAGCAUUUCCAGCGAGCGAGCGCUUUCUUGA